GCUGUCUUUUGGAAAUUAAUUCUAAAUUUUAUCUAUAGUAUUUAUAUUUCUCUGUUCAAGCAUACAUUGAAAAAUGUUUAAAAUUUCGUUUUUUUUCAUAUUACUUACUGGGACGGUCUUAGCACAAAUAUAUUCUGAAGGAUCUGGAGACAGUACAAAAAAGAAUGAUGAUUGGAGUGAAGCAAAAGAAGAGGAUGGAAGUGAACCCAAUGAGGAAUAUAUGGUGAAGAUGAAUUCCCAGGGAGCACCCAAAAAACUACCUUGUGGGAGUCCAGGCACAGAUGGGAAGAGAUGUGGAAAUGGAAAAGUGUGUAAUGCAAAAGAAAAAUCAUGUGGAGAUGGCGAUAUAGAUCAAGAGGAAAGACCCGUUCCAGAAAAAAGGCCAACUAAAAAAGGAAAAAGGCCAACUAAAGAAGGAAAAAGGCCAACUAAAAAAGGAAAAAGGCCAACUAAGUGUGAUAGAAUAAAACGUAGUAAAUCUUGCUGUGGAGAUCGUGGAACUGUUGGAAAAACUUGUAGAAAGGGUGGUAUGUGUGUAAGAUUUGGUAAUGGAAGAUCCAGAUGUAUAAAAGAAAAAAGAACAACGACCACUACGACAACUACGACCACAACAACAACAACAAUAGAUCCAUGUCAACUGAGUUGUCCGAUAAAUUUCCCUGGAGGAGUAUGUUCUCCAGCUAAACCACAAGUCAAACAAAAAUGGGCUAAUAUGGCACAAUGUUUGACAUGUAUAUGCUGGGCGCCUGGACAUUAAAAAAAAAAUUCGGAUUAAUUUGAUGAAUUGCACUGAUUAAUUUACAUGGCAAAAAUCUAUGUUUAUGAUUAAUUUUAAAAAUUGAACUCACAUAAUUUAUAUGAACAAAAAUAUGUUAAUGUUUUGA